CGCGUUGUUUUGGGAACAUUCGGUUUCACAGUGAGCACGCGCUUCCCGGACCGUAGCUGCCCGUCAUCGCUGGCGCUGACAUCACACGGAGGAUUUGCUACAAUGUCAAACACUCACAAGCAGCGCGAGCUCAUGGCUUCCCCGCGCCACAAUGACAAACACCGCCGCGUCCUGCUGCUCAUCCUCUAAAUACUACACAACUACGACCACAACUACGACCACCGUCCAUGGCUUUAUUCCGCGAUUUUGGACAGGAUGCGUUUGAGCAAAUCUAUGUGAGUGCGUGAGCCAGGUCAGAGGUCAUGUUGCGGAGGGAAUCCGACUCCCACGGCCUCUUUACCUUCGGAGAGACGUCCGACAAUGACUGUGAGAUGGGGGUGAGUUGCAGAGAGGUAGAUGUAGCGUGUCUGUGCGAGGCCGGUCCCUGUACACUUUAUUCAGAAGCACACACGCCUACGCCGGACACGCGGCUGUGUGAACGCUGUGGAAAAAACAAAGUGAUGGUAACCAGGUACUCUGAGGGAUACGGCACAGAGGAGGAGUGUGUGUUAUCUGACCCUCAAGGGGAGAGUGACGCAGAUGCGGAUAUAGAGGAUACAGACUGCAGACUCCAGGAGCCUGGUUCUCUCCAGCGAAUCAGCUCACGGAGACGGAAACGUCCUCGAGUAGCGCGACAAGACACCACGGAGAGCGAGGAUGAUGGCGGGCGAAGCCAUAGAUCCCAUCGAUGGAAUCUGAGGCUUAGUCCUGACAGAGCACACAGCAGAACCAUACUCGAGGAGAGCAUAUCACAGGUCAGGCCACUGAUCAUUUGCAGGCCAAACGUGGAGAAGCAGAAGAGUCCUGAUGAGGUGACCCGAGGCUCCAAACUGACGUCUCUGUGGCCGUCGUCCUUCUCUCUUCCUCUUAUCCUCCUCCUGUCAUUACCUCUCUCUGUUUCUCUCAUUGUUUUUAUCGUGUCUUUCCUCCUUCCGUGGGCCAGUGCUUGACCCCCGCCAUGCCUGCUUCAGGAUAUUAGUUUCAUUCCAGAAAUGACAGAAAGUUCUACCGACUCAUAUAA